AACCUUGAGAAACUCUUGUAUGGAUUGUCAUCUUUGGGUCAAUGUAUGACGUCAUUAGUUUGGAUUUUGCAUGAACAGAAGCUAAUCCUUGCAAAAGGGUCAACAGAUUAUGGGACAACAUAUGAGAAACUGAAUGAUAAAGUUGGUCUGAAGACUAUUUUGAGCUACUUGUACGUUUGCCCAACAAACAAACGUAAGAUUAUGCUGCUGACUGAUCCGGAAGUUGAAAGCAGCUUAUUAAUCAGUUCUGAUGAAGGAGCCACCUAUCAAAAAUACCGUCUGAACUUCUACAUCCACAGUCUGCUCUUCCACCCCAAGCAGGAAGAUUGGAUCUUAGCCUACAGCCAAGAUCAGAAG